UUCGUUGAAAAAUCGUUCGGCUCUGGAUUAUUGGUAUCAGUGUAACCUUGAAUUGGUUACGUGUGCAGAAUGUGUUAUACGCAUAACAUUCACUUACGCCAAUUUCUCAAAGAAUUGCGAACGUAUGGGCAACACGCCACUGGGCAAGUCACUAAAGUGUCCCUGUGAGCACAUGCAGUUCUCGGAACCACCCUAUGAUAGCUCAAUAUCGGGACAGGAGUUUUGUGGUGAUGGAAAAGUAUUUCGUAGUAAAACACGUACAUUGUUGUUGAAAUUUUUCUAUCGAGCCACCAAUAGUCAUGUUUUCUCAUUGCAAUACUUUUCGGAACGCAAUGUAAAAAUUGUUAGCGGUUCACCUUAUAAAAGUUCUAGUAGCGAUGGGACACCACAAAUCAUAUCGACACCGUAUUUCCCCAUGUCAUAUCCGCGAGAUUAUGGCACAGAACAAAUUCUAACCUGUGAAGCUGAUAACUGUAAUGUAAGAUUAGAUUUUACCGACUUUCAGUUGGGUCAAACGUCAACGUUGGAAAUCUUCGAUUCGAAUGGUCAAAUGGUGGAUUCAUAUAACGGCGAACAUUUUCGCCCUCCGAUUAUAAUCAGUACCGGAAAGUCACUAUUAUUGCAAUUCCGUGGUAAUGGAGUUACAGGCAGUGGUUUUCGGGCAGAGGUUACAUUUGUGUCACCGAAACAAAGAGAAGAACGUCUUAUGCCUUACACAGAUUGUGGUGGCUUGGUUUCGGGUCCCGGCGGUGCUAUAACUAUGAUGAAUAUGAUUGAGAAUGCUACCGAUGUGCGCUUUUUUGAUUGUAUUUGGAUUAUUAAGCCCGGCAAUAACUAUAUGAUGAUGAAGACUCACAUAUCGCUGAGAAUUGAAGAAUUUCACAGCAUGGCUUCCCAUUCGGAUCUCACCAUUAGACAGGGUACAACAUCCGAUGCGUUAGAGAUCGAAAAUGUUGUAUGGCCUAAUAAUGGCGUAAGUAAAGAGACCCAUGUCGUACCCAUACUAACUGGCUACUAUAUACGUUUAAGAGGAGUCUUUGGCAUGUCUUCCAAACUGGCCAUAGUCUAUAGUGUUUUCAACUAUUUAAAUUGUUACAUUGGUUCAGAGUUUCUAUGUGGCAAUAAUCAUUGUAUUUCGAUACGUUUGCAUUGCGAUGGUUUCGAUCAUUGUGGUGAUGGUACUGAUGAACCGGAUUCAUGUGAAGAUGAUUGGGCCAACUUACAAAAUGAUCGUAGAUGGUAUUCCCAUAAACCGAACUAUUAUUUUCCCAAAAUAGAACAAUAUCCAGACCUUAAAACAGCUACUGGCAUCUUUAUUAUCUCCACUUUGGGUAUAUUUGCUGUACUGUCUGGCUGGAUGGUCAUUCUAUAUCGCAUGGGUGUAAGAGCUCGCCAUCAGAGAGAACUGCAGAAUCAUUUGCAAACCAUAAGUGAACUAUUGGAUCGUCAAGAAGAAAUUACUACUCCCGACGAACCUCCCAGCUAUGAGGCUCCUCCCGAUUAUGAAGAAGUCAUUAAAAUUGGCAUGGAACAUGAAAUGCGUGAGCCCCGCGACAGACAUCGUAAACAUCAUAGGCGCCAUCGAGAUUGCAGUCGUGCCUCCAGUAAUGUUACGGUUUCCUCAACGGUUCCCAUUCACAAUUGCAGCGAUAGGCCUUCAACUUCUGCGGCAGCAGCUUCCACAUUGGCUGCCGAGGGAAUUCCAGCAGCGUCUGUUUAUUUAGCUGAUAUUGAGGCUACUGUUUGCCAAGAACUGAGUCAGCAUGUCAUUAGAGCUACUCAAAAUUGUGGUAUUACAGGCACGUCUCAAGCACCAGAGACAACGUCAACGACAAUUAAAUGUCGCUGCAAAUGCAAAGCGGAAGAAGAUAAACUGAAGCUCCUAGCGACAUCUCCAAUUGCAGAAAACACAAGUCAAAAUAAUUCAUGCAAUACCACAACCCAAUUGGAAGAAUGUAGCCAUGAUUUUUGUGAAGACACCUUAAAUAUAUCCUUUUCUUUAGGCGUGCCCCAAACAAAUACUGGAAUAGCAAAUGACACUAAUAACAUCGAAAAUGCAGCCUCUAGACCUAAAAGUUCAGUAAACUGUACUGAACAAACGUAUUUGAAAAAAUCCUGGAUUGUUAUGAACAGUGGCGGUCAAACGUACAAGGUGCAACGUUUGCGACCCACUUUCUCGUCGCCAGAAUCAUUUCUCCAUGAUUGGUCAUUUUAUGCUGACUCACAAAAUUAUGGCUCCAUUUUGCCACACGAAAAGAGUUUCAUUUUAAGCAACAACACCAGCAAUUUCAUAUCGGAUUUAUCCAGAGAUCCUUCAGCUAAUAGUAUUGAUAGUCAAAACUCUAAUACCAGACUGAAAAGUACUACCACCACCCCAAGUACAAAUAGUUGCAACAACAAUAACAUUACGAAUGAAAGCGAUAUAACGCUAUAUGAGGAGGACACCUCCAGCACCACCACCGCAUCUACAUCGGCUGGUCAACAGAAGUCGGUUGGCCGUGGCACUCAACUGCUGAUGAUGUCAGAAAUGGAGAGCGAUGAUGGUGGUGAGCAGAAUAUUUCGUGUUUUGGUAACGUUAAUAAUCCCUUUAAAGUUAAUGCUAAACUAAAAUACACAGCUGUUGGCCGUACUCAUAUACGGAGGAGACAUGCACGUAGUAGAUCGUUUACAAACAGUGGUAAUAAUGAACGUGGUAAUAAUAGUUCAGACAACACUUUGAAACGAAGUUCAUCGGCCGAUUUAUUAUUAUUAAAUUUGAGACCAGAUAGUGAUAUUUUGUAUAGUGAUAAUAGCAAAGCAAAUUUGUAUUUAAUUUAGUGAACAAAAAGCAUACAUUAUACAUACAUCCAUACAUACAUAUGUAUAUGACAAUUAUUGUAAUGGAGUUUUAGUUCAUGGAGAAAAACUUAAUAAAUUAUAACAAUUAUUAUAAA